GGCCCAGCGGGCGGCCGCCGGGGCAGAGCCGGGCUGAGCAUCCUGAGCCCCGGCGUGGGGCCCUGCGGUAGCUCGGGCCCCUCCCCCCGACCUGCAGCGGACCCAGUGUGGAAGACAGACACCGCAACCAUGACCACCCACGUCACCUUGGAAGAUGCUCUGUCCAAUGUGGACUUGCUGGAGGAGCUGCCCCUCCCGGACCAGCAGCCAUGCAUCGAGCCCCCACCAUCUUCCAUCAUGUAUCAGGCCAACUUUGACACAAACUUCGAGGACAGGAAUGCAUUUGUCACUGGCAUUGCAAGGUACAUCGAGCAGGCAACAGUCCACUCCAGCAUGAAUGAAAUGCUGGAGGAGGGACACGAGUACGCAGUCAUGCUGUACACCUGGCGCAGCUGUUCCCGGGCCAUUCCCCAGGUGAAAUGCAAUGAGCAGCCCAAUCGGGUAGAGAUCUAUGAGAAGACGGUGGAGGUGCUGGAGCCAGAGGUCACCAAGCUCAUGAAGUUCAUGUACUUUCAGCGCAAGGCCAUUGAGCGCUUCUGCAGUGAGGUGAAGCGACUGUGCCAUGCCGAGCGCAGGAAGGACUUUGUUUCCGAGGCUUACCUGCUGACUCUGGGCAAGUUCAUCAACAUGUUCGCAGUCCUGGACGAGCUGAAGAAUAUGAAGUGCAGCGUCAAGAACGACCACUCUGCCUAUAAGAGAGCAGCCCAGUUCCUGAGGAAGAUGGCAGACCCCCAGUCCAUUCAGGAAUCUCAGAACCUGUCCAUGUUUCUGGCUAACCACAACAGGAUCACCCAGUGUCUACACCAGCAACUGGAAGUGAUCCCAGGCUAUGAGGAGCUGCUGGCAGACAUCGUCAACAUCUGCGUGGAUUACUAUGAGAACAAGAUGUACUUGACCCCCAGUGAGAAACACAUGCUCCUCAAGGUGAUGGGUUUCGGCCUCUACCUGAUGGAUGGAAAUGUCAGUAACAUUUACAAACUGGACGCCAAGAAGAGAAUCAACCUUAGCAAAAUCGAUAAGUUCUUUAAGCAGCUACAAGUGGUUCCCCUAUUCGGCGACAUGCAGAUAGAGCUGGCCAGAUACAUUAAGACCAGUGCUCACUAUGAAGAGAACAAGUCCAAGUGGACGUGCACACAGAGCAGCAUCAGCCCCCAGUACAACAUCUGUGAGCAAAUGGUUCAGAUCCGGGAUGACCACAUCCGAUUCAUCUCUGAGCUGGCUCGAUACAGCAACAGUGAGGUGGUGACAGGCUCAGGGCUGGACAGCCAGAAGUCGGAUGAGGAAUACCGGGAGCUGUUUGACCUGGCCCUGCGUGGCCUGCAGCUUUUAUCCAAGUGGAGUGCUCACGUCAUGGAGGUGUACUCUUGGAAGCUGGUUCACCCCACAGACAAGUUCUGCAACAAGGACUGCCCUGGCACAGCAGAGGAGUACGAGCGAGCCACGCGCUACAAUUAUACCAGCGAGGAGAAGUUUGCCUUUGUGGAGUGUCCUGCAGGCAAUUCGCAAGACCAUCUGUGACUGGGAAGGAGGCCGAGAGCCCCCUAAUGACCCAUGCUUAAGAGGGGAGAAGGAUCCUAAAGGCGGCUUUGACAUCAAAGUACCCCGGCGUGCUGUGGGGCCGUCUAGCACACAGGCCUGCCAGUGGUCCCCGAGGGCUUUGUUUCACCCCACUGGUGGCACACAGGGCCGAAGAGGCUGCCGAUCCCUGCUGUACAUGGUGCGUACCAUGCUUGAAUCACUCAUCGCAGACAAAAGUGGCUCCAAGAAGACCCUGCGAAGCAGUCUGGAUGGACCCAUCGUGCUUGCCAUCGAGGACUUCCACAAGCAGUCCUUCUUCUUCACACAUCUGCUCAACAUCAGCGAAGCGCUGCAGCAGUGUUGUGACCUCUCCCAGCUCUGGUUCCGAGAAUUCUUCCUGGAGUUAACCAUGGGCCGGCGAAUCCAGUUCCCCAUUGAGAUGUCCAUGCCCUGGAUUCUAACAGACCAUAUUCUGGAAACCAAAGAACCUUCGAUGAUGGAGUAUGUCCUUUACCCCUUGGAUCUGUACAACGACAGCGCCUACUAUGCUCUCACCAAGUUCAAAAAGCAGUUCCUGUAUGAUGAGAUCGAAGCUGAGGUGAACCUGUGUUUUGAUCAGUUUGUCUACAAGCUGGCGGACCAGAUCUUUGCCUACUACAAAGCCAUGGCCGGCAGUGUCCUGUUGGAUAAACGUUUUAGAGCUGAGUGUAAGAACUAUGGAGUGAUCAUUCCAUACCCACCAUCCAACCGCUAUGAGACACUGCUGAAGCAGAGGCAUGUCCAGCUGUUGGGAAGAUCAAUUGACUUGAACAGACUCAUUACUCAGCGCAUUUCUGCCGCCAUGUACAAAUCCUUGGACCAGGCCAUCAGUCGCUUUGAGAGUGAGGACCUGACCUCCAUUGUGGAGCUGGAGUGGCUGCUGGAGAUUAACCGGCUCACACAUCGACUGCUUUGCAAGCACAUGACGCUGGAUAGCUUCGAUGCCAUGUUCCGGGAAGCCAAUCACAAUGUGUCUGCCCCUUAUGGCCGCAUCACCCUACAUGUCUUCUGGGAGCUGAACUUUGACUUCCUCCCCAACUACUGCUAUAACGGGUCCACAAACCGUUUUGUCCGAACUGCCAUCCCUUUUACCCAAGAACCACAACGAGAUAAACCCGCCAAUGUCCAGCCUUAUUACCUCUAUGGAUCCAAGCCUCUCAACAUUGCCUAUAGCCACAUCUACAGCUCCUACAGGAACUUCGUGGGACCCCCUCACUUUAAGACCAUCUGCAGACUGCUGGGUUACCAGGGCAUUGCUGUGGUCAUGGAGGAGCUGCUGAAAAUCGUCAAGAGCUUGCUCCAAGGCACCAUUCUGCAGUAUGUGAAGACACUGAUAGAAGUGAUGCCCAAAAUCUGCCGUUUGCCUCGACAUGAAUAUGGCUCUCCAGGGAUCCUGGAGUUCUUCCAUCACCAACUGAAGGACAUCAUUGAGUAUGCAGAGCUCAAAACAGAUGUGUUCCAGAGCUUGAGGGAGGUGGGCAAUGCCAUCCUGUUCUGUCUCCUCAUAGAGCAAGCUCUGUCUCAGGAGGAAGUCUGUGAUCUGCUCCAUGCUGCACCCUUCCAAAAUAUCCUGCCCAGAGUCUACAUCAAAGAGGGAGAGCGCCUGGAAGUCCGGAUGAAGCGCCUGGAAGCCAAGUAUGCCCCCCUUCACCUGGUCCCCCUGAUCGAACGACUGGGGACACCUCAGCAAAUUGCCAUCGCUCGGGAGGGUGACCUACUGACCAAGGAGCGGCUCUGCUGUGGCCUGUCCAUGUUCGAGGUCAUCUUGACUCGCAUUCGGAGCUACCUACAGGACCCCAUCUGGAGGGGCCCACCACCCACCAAUGGCGUCAUGCAUGUGGACGAGUGUGUGGAGUUCCACCGGCUGUGGAGUGCCAUGCAGUUCGUCUACUGCAUCCCUGUGGGGACCAAUGAGUUCACAGCUGAGCAGUGCUUCGGUGACGGCUUAAACUGGGCUGGCUGCUCCAUCAUCGUCCUGCUGGGCCAACAACGGCGCUUUGACCUGUUUGACUUCUGUUACCACCUGCUUAAAGUGCAGAGGCAGGACGGGAAGGACGAAAUCAUUAAGAAUGUGCCCCUGAAGAAGAUGGCCGACCGGAUCAGGAAGUACCAGAUCUUAAACAAUGAGGUUUUUGCUAUCCUGAACAAGUACAUGAAGUCUGUAGAGACAGACAGUUCCACUGUGGAGCACGUGCGCUGCUUCCAGCCACCUAUCCACCAGUCACUGGCCACCACCUGCUAGGCUCAAGUCCUGCAGACCUUCAACCUGGAGGAGGCAGCAGUGGUCAGCCUGCAGCAGGUCCAGCUGGACAGUGUAUGGGAUGGGCCUGGAAGGAAAUGGAAACCUCCCCCGCACUUGUGCACUACUCCCGAGGGCUGGGCUCCUGCAUGCUCUCCCCUGAUAUCUCCAUGGUGGGUUUUCCAUAGUGUAAAUGAAAAACAAACGAAACACAGGGCAGUGUGUGCUUUUUCUUUCCCCCCUUAACUGUACCCAAGAGCUACUUUCUCCAUCUUGCAGCUCUCCCAGCCCAUCCAUUGGUAACUUCCUCCCCAGUGUCCCUAUGUGAUCCCAGCACUGAAGUCUUAGAGGCUGAUGAAAGGGUGUAGUCAUGGGAGAGAUGUCACCUGACCCAAUGGCAUACCCCAGCGUGCUGGCCUGGUGUCCUCUCAGGCUUUUCCCUCAAGUUUCCUGGUCACAUCUCCUCCUGUUCUAGAUGUUAGAGAUUCUACCGCCCAGCACGUGCUUGAACCAGGAACUGACCCCUGGUGAACCAGGAACUGACCCCUGGUGAACCAGGGAGCAGUUUCCAACUGUCAUGACAACAGAUGGUGUUGUCUCAGACCUUUUACAGGCUCCCCAAGACCCAUCCUAACUCCCCCCAAUUGCAGAGCAAUCCUAGAGUGAAGGAAGACGUGCUUUCAAGACUGUCACACUGACUGGAACUGCAUUAAGAAAAUAGCCAGAGUUACCAUUUGGAAGCAAUAUCUGUAAACACAGGCCAAAACUCCAGCACCCAAAGGAAAUGUGUGAAGCCUUAUCAGCAGUGUGGUAAGAUGGGCCACCUCUGUUCCACUUGCAAAUGCUUAACACUGGGCCACACAGGGUAACGGACAUGUCAAUCAUGACAAUAGAUGUAGCUUUAGCCAGUGACCAAAUCAGUAACCAUUUCUUUGUACAGAACCUCAUCAAGGAAAAUGCCUCCCCAGAAAGAAAAUCUUAAGGGGCUAUUUCAACACAAGCCAAAAACAUCUUGACGACAGGGAGGCAAAGGAUAAAAAUAAUGCUGUCAACAAGCCUGUAAUCCCUAGAUAAACCCCCCAAAAGGAGACUGGUUUUAGAUUGGGAAUUUUCGUUGUGUCAACUGCUGAAAGAUUCUUGGAGCAUUUUAUCUGUUGUUCUCAACUUCCUGAUCUCUUCCUCUUGCUCCUCAAGUUCUGUGUUGUUGGGGUGUAGCUUCUCUCACAGAGGAAUAUUGACUUCUGUUUUCCAGAGUGAACUAAAAUACUCCUGCAGAAUCUCACUGUGUAUGGGAGAUCUUGAAGGAGAUGCUCAGGUCUCCAUGCAGAACAGCACAUCAUGUAAUCUGCAGAGGGAACCCAGAGCCCUGAGCCCCUGAAAAACAGAAAGCAGAAUAUAGAUACUCCUCCCCCAGCCCAGAGAGGAAAAGAGAAAAUAGAAUAAUGAUCCCUUCCCCCGGGGAAGAUGAAUAGGAAUGGUUGACAAACAGUCCCUUUUUAACCACACAGGCGAGCAAAGGAAAUGUGCAUAACCAGAGCUUUGUGUAAUGCACGCAUGUCCUCCCGGUGAGGAGUGGGCCCUGUACAGCCCGAAGGUCAACUAAGUCAGAACGGUGGAGGUUAAUACACUUGAGUCUUCAUUUCUGGACACCUCAGGUGUACUAAUUCAACCUCUGGGAAUAGGACAGGAAAUCUGCAUCUUCAUGCUUUUGGAUUACACAUUGCCCAAUGAGAGCCACUGCUGUAGUGGAAUUACUCUGCUAACUCUAGGCUUUGAGGUCCUUCUGAGACGAUCGCAAGAUAAGCCAUUCAUAGUUUAGGAAGGCGGCUUGAAAUAGAAGCUGGCCAAUCCUCUGCCAUUUGCUACUUCCUGUUCUGAUAUCCUCCCUCCCGCCACACACACACACACACACACACACUCUUGAGUAGACCAUAGAUGUAUCUCAGAGGCAGAAGAGAGAGGCUAUACCACCUGGUAAACCCAUCCUAAAACCUACCUAUAAUUCCUAAACUUCAGAACCUUCCAAAGCUUCAGUACUGUCUGGGAACAGUAGCUGGUUUUCUCUUCACAUCUAUGAGAUUUUACAUUCUAGGAUCCAUUCCAAGUCCUUGAUCAGUGCUUUGUAGAGAUGUGAACCACUCACCUAAUGAGCUGUUUCAACAGCUUAUCCCUCCCUCCCUGCACUCAUGACCCCAAACGUUAACCCUCUGGGAAGAGUCACUUUAUCCUCAAGAGAUUUGAUCCCAGUAAACUGAGGUCUUCACUUCCAGAACAGAGAUUUCUUCAGCUCCAGCAGCACUUAUUUUUGGACACUGGACAAGUUUAAUAUUCUUCCCACUCUGGUACUGUCCUGCCCACCCCACUUUGAUUUUUUUAAUGUAUCUAAAAAUUAAGAAAAGCUUAGAUUUUAAAAUGUUUUAAAAAAUUGUUUCAGAAACUGUCAGAUGUGUACCAUAUUUGUAUUAAGAGUUGUUGGGAAUUUUUGUACAAUGAAUUUACAUUUAUUUAUGGUGACUUAUAUUUACGCUUGUGAUCAAACAAUGAUGUUAAAUUCUUAAAUCAUAUUUGCUAUGCAGCUGAAGAUGAUAUUUUGAUUUGUAUUUUGGGGGUACCUGUGUUGAGUUGAUAAACAUUUUCAUCUCCAUUAAAACUGCUUCCAAACUA